UCCGCUGAGGGCGAGCAAGGUCACUCCCGGCGCUAAGAUGGCGGCGGGCGCUGUCUCCGCGCGGGAGGGUGGCGAGGACGCCUUCCGCCGGCUCUUUCGCUUCUACCGGCGGUGGGAGGGCUCGGACUCUUGCGGGGCCAUUGAUUUCUCGAAGCCAGCGGCGCGGCAGAUUGUCAGCUCUCCCCUGAGUUUUUCAUCAGUAAGUGAUCACGAUGCUUACAGAGCAGGACUGCGUCCAGUUAAUCAAUGGAAAGCCUAUGGCCUCAAAAACUAUCCAGGGUUUAUAUUUAUCCCAGAUCCCUUCCUUCCGGGCUGCCAGCGUCACUGGGUGAAGCAGUGCCUGAAGACGUACACCCAGAAGCCUAAUGUGUGCAAUUUGGAUAUGCACAUGUCUUCUAUGGAGACCACUGAUCUAUGGGGGAAGAGUCAGCAUCAGUUGCGAAACAAAAGUUCCAGCAAACGGGCCUCAAAAACUUUACUGGAAAAGCUUCGCUGGGUGACUUUGGGUUACCAUUAUAACUGGAAUACAAAGAAAUAUUCAGCCAACCACUACACACCCUUUCCAUCUGACUUGGCUUUCCUCUCGGAGCAAGUGGCUAAAGCUUGUGGUUUUCCACGUUUCCAAGCAGAAGCAGGAAUCCUCAACUACUAUCACUUUGAUUCAUCUCUGGGAAUUCACGUGGAUGAGUCCGAAUUGGACUAUUCUCAGCCGCUUCUAUCAUUCUGUUUUGGACAGUCAUCCAUAUUUUUGUUAGGGGGGCUGAAACGAGAUGAAGCCCCUGUGGCCAUGUUCAUGCACAGCGGGGACAUGAUGAUCAUGUCUGGCUUCAGCCGCCUGCUGUACCACGCAGUCCCCAGGAUUCUGCCCAACCUGGAGGGGAAGCCUUUGCCUUCUUGCCUGGAGCUGCCUGUCCAUGCUGACCUUCCUGAAGACUCUGUUAUGGAGCCCUGCUCUCAGGAGGACUGGCAAGUCUGUGCCAAGUAUCUGCAAGCAUCCCGUGUCAACAUGACUGUCAGGCAAGUGCUUGCUGAAGGUCAGAGCUUCCCAGCUGAAGCCAGGACAGGGAGAGACCUGGAUGCUUCUUCCAUAGGCUCUUAUCAUGAGGAGCACAGUGAAAUAAAAAAGCACAAGUCUGAUCCGGGCAGCUGAAACCUGGCCAUAUGGAGCAGCAACAUACUAAGUGGAUGUGUAACAAAAUGUUUUGGAACUUUGUGGGCAAAGUACAUGGUUCAGACCAAAAGACUACUUGUGUUUUCUCCCAAGGUCACACAACUAAAGAAUGUCACUCCAGUGCACCGUCUGAAUAUAAUAUAUGUUCCCUGUUUCCUGCUUGGCAGGGGGUUGGACUGGAUGGCCCUCGUGGUCUCUUCCAACUCUAUGAUUCUAUGACUUAUAGCUGUCUGUAACAAGUGACAUAUUUUAGAAGACAUCUGAAGGCAGCCCUGUUUAGGGAAGUUUUUAAUAUCUGAUGUUUUAUUGUAUUUUUAAUUUUUUGUUGGACGCCGCCCAGAGUGGCUGGGGAAACCCAGCCAAAUGGGCGGGGUAUAAAUAAUAUUAUUAUUACUGGUUACAGGUAGGUAGCCGUGUUGGUCUGGGUCGAAGUAAAAUAAAAAAUUUCCUUCAGUAGCACCCUAAAGACCAACUAAGUUUUUAUUUUGGUAUGAGCUUUCGUGUGCUUUCGGU